AGCACAGGAUCCCAGAGGAAGCCAGAGCUGGGAGGGCUCUUCCUGCCCAGGGGGAGGUUUCCCAGGAGUGCGAGGGAUUUACUACUCGCCACCUUUCACUCCCUCGUCCCUCUCUGUGUCCCACUGAAGGCCAUGUGCAGUGGCAAGCUGCAGACAGGUCUGCUGGUGGCUGGCUACUUUGUGUACCUGCUGGUGGGUGCCGCGGUGUUCCAGGCACUGGAGAGGACCGCGGAGAAGCAGGAGAAAAUGGCAGCUGCCCAGAUGAAGGAGGCUUUUCUGCAGAGCUUCAGGCAGCUCACAGUGGUGGAGAUGGAGCAGUUCAUGAAGAACCUGACUGAAGCCAUUCAAAAUGGAGUAUACCCUGUUGGAAAUGAAUCACGGUUUGAAGAGAGCAACUGGGAUUUCAGUAACUCCUUCUUCUUUGCAGGCACAGUUGUCUCCACAAUAGGCUAUGGCACAUUACAUCCCAGAACUGUUGGGGGACAGAUCUUCUGUGUGUUUUUUGCUCUCUUUGGAAUCCCUCUCAACAUUGUUUUUCUGCACCGUGUUGGUAAGAUGCUCUCACUGCUGUGUAAAAAGCUGGGGAAAUUCCUGUACGAGAAAGGAAUGAGAAAGAAGAAGAUCAAAUUUCUGACCCUUUUGUUCUUCCUGGCAACGGGGAUCCUAGUUUUUCUGUGCUUGCCAUCAGUCUUCUUCCAGAUAACAGAGGGCUGGUCCUACAGCGAAGGAAUUUACUUUGCAUUUAUCACCCUCAGCACCAUUGGCUUUGGAGAUUAUGUAGUAGGCAAACAGUCUGGCAGGAAUUACUUUUCCUACUAUCGAGUGCUGGUGGCCAUUUGGAUUCUUUUCGGCCUUGCCUGGAUUGCUCUGCUGUUUAAUUUAUUGACAACGGUACUAGAAGAUACUGAAAAAAUAAUUGUCAAGGAUCUCCAGCAAAUUGGAAAGGUGAGUAAGGACAAUGGAGCAAGCCAGCAAAGAAGAUGCUGGCCUGUUCAGUUUAUUCCAGAAGAAGAACUACUACCACCACGUGCUGGAGGGGAUGCACAGAAAAUGGAGUCAUUAACAGCAGAUUCUGAACACACAAACAAUGAAAAAAAAUAGUUUUCUAACAGAAAAACUAUUGCCAUAACAUAUAAGAGUUGAAUUCUUCAUCGGAGAGUUGAUAGUUAGUUAUUCUAAAGAAAAUCCCAUGGAAAUAAAAUUUUUCCUGCCUUUUGCUGAGAUAUGACCUUUUAGAACUCAAGACUCAAAGUUGCACAAAGCCUGAAUAUUAAUGGUAAGAAAUUUGCUCCUCAAUUUGCAGCUGGGUUGUGCUAACAACCUGAGAAGUGCACUUGCUUUGCAAUGUGUUUUUAAGGUGCUUUCACAAAAAUGCAGAAGAGGGGCACAGUGGAGCUUGUUGGCUCUGUUUGGAUUUUGCUGCUUGCAAGAAAUCAUAUCUCUUCCAGGAACUGACAUACACAAGCUUUUCUGAGGCAUUGCAUAGCACUUUUGGAAGAAGAAAUAAGGGUAUAUAUGCGAAAUAAAUAACUGAAAUAGAUGCCUGACUUGAGCCAUCAUACUGGAUAAAGUGUAGUGGUCUGAAAGAUGUGUUUAAAUGGCAAGACCUGGGCUCAGUUCAGAGACAUCAGAAGCAUCUAAUGGACAGGGUUAUGAAAAGGUUAGCACGUUAGAAAUGAUUCAUUCUACCUCUUCCUGUUUUAUACUAAGUUGAAUAAAAGCAAUUUUACCUUUUA